AUGACAUUUCAACCAAAAAACUAACACUCAAAUUAUAUUCGGGAUACAUGCUAAGACUUAGAAGAAUUGUCUUACUCAAACAGAAUUCUUGUAUCAGGAUUCGAAAAAUAAUCUAAAAAGAGCAAGUUUGUUGAGAAGCUCGUCAUCAAAGAAUGCCUCCAUUUAAGGGAUGACGAAAAGUGUAUAUCUUCUUGCAAAGACAUUGAAAACGAAUACAACAUUGCUUCACGGCUUUCUCAUGAGAAUAUCUUAAGUCCGAUUGAAUAUUACAAGUAAUACAGAGGUGGAUGUGCUAUUAGCUUCCCAAGAGCCUCUUGUGAUGCCUUCCACUAUUUUAUUGAGAGAAGCCAACAACAGAAGCGCGCUGCAUACUCCUUAGAAGAAGUGAGACAGUUACUGAGAAAUGUAGCCUCGGCACUGAACUACCUUCACUAAGGAGAAAAUAUAGCUCAUAAUGAUAUUAAACUUGAAAACAUACUUUGCUUUAUUUCAGAUGAUUAAAAGUAAGUACCUGUUUUCAUGCUGACUGAUUUUGCGUAUUCAUAUGAAAUUCAUACAGACCACCAUACUGAUAACAGUUAAUUACAUGACUCUUCCUUUUCGUCAAGUUUACUGUCAUAGAGUACCUAAACGAGCAUCAAUGUUUAUCCUAAAUGGAAAAACAGAGUUAAAAUGUACUUAUCACCUGAAAUGAUAGAAUCCAUUCAAAAAUAAGAAGUAAAAAUGGGUCUAGAAAAAGGAAACGAUAUUCUUUCUCUGGGAUUUGCUUUGUUUAAUAUUGUGUUUUUGGAAAAUAUGAUAGGAAAAUACGAAAAAGAAUACUCCUCUUCUAAAAAAUACUAACAAAUUUAAAAAUGCGGAGCAGAUUUCUUGUAGACACUUAACUAAAAUUUGAUUAACACUGAGUUAGAAAAAAAAGACCUAUUAUUUGAUUUAAUUAUUGGUAUGAUUCAAUAAGACCCUUUAAAAAGACUAGACGCUUGUGGAAUACUGAAUCAUCCUUGGUUAAAUUGA